AUGCCGAAAUCAAUACUCUCUGUCAACGCCGGUUCAUCGUCUAUCAAAAUCACCUUUUAUACAUUCGAGCUCCCACCACGGGAACUCGCAAAUGCGCAAAUCUCCGGAAUUACAGCGCCCCCGCCGACUCUCAAAUAUACCAAAGGCGAUCAGACGCACAAGGAGGAGCUGAAGGACAAGCUGAGCACGCCGCAGGAUGCGUUCAAGUUCCUGCUGAAACGAUGCUUCUCAGAUCCGGAGCUUUCAGAAGUCGCUGGUAGUGACGACCUCUCGUAUAUCUGCCACCGGGUUGUGCAUGGAGGGGAUUAUCCGGAGGCCGUGGAGAUUAACGACGAGACUUAUCACACCUUGAGAGGAAUCGAGGAUUUGGCGCCAUUGCACAACUUCUCCGCCCUUGAAAUCGUCCGAACAUGUCGAGAAGAUUACCCCAAUGCCAAGAGCAUCACCUUUUUCGACAGCGCAUUCCAUCAAUCGCUCCCGGAACACGUGAGAACAUACCCGAUUAACCAGGAAGUGGCCAAGUCGCAUGGACUCCGCAAAUAUGGAUUCCACGGAAUCAGUUAUUCGUUCAUUCUCCGCUCCGUUUCUGAGUUCUUGGACAAGCCGCAAGAGAAGACUAAUCUGAUUGUGAUGCAUAUUGGAAGCGGUGCUUCGAUCUGCGCUAUCAAGGAGGGGAAAUCUGUUGAUACAUCUAUGGGGCUCACCCCGUUAGCUGGGUUACCAGGCGCGACGCGAAGUGGCUCGAUUGAUCCAUCACUCGUGUUCCACUAUACCAACGAAGCAGGCAAAUUAAGUCCCGCCAGCACGAAAGAGAUGCACAUUAGCAUGGCCGAAGACAUCCUCAACAAACAAUCCGGCUGGAAAGCCCUCACAGGCACAACCGACUUCUCCAAAAUCGCAGUCGAGAACCCACCCUCCCACGAACACAGACUAGCCUUCGACAUCAUCGUGGACCGCAUGCUAGGUUUUAUUGGAAGCUAUUUCGUCAAGCUUGACGGUCAGGUCGACGGAUUGGUCUUCGCAGGUGGAAUUGGUGAGAAGAGCGCGUUGUUGCGGAAGACGCUUGUUGAGAAAAGUCGAAGUUUGGGGUUUGCUAUUGAUGAGUCUAAGAAUGAUCAGGGGCCGAAGGAUGAUCAAGCAGUGCUGGAUAUCUCAAAGGAGUCUGGCAUUGGACGAAAAGUGCUGAUUUGCCAGACAAAUGAACAGUUUGAUAUGGCGUACAAUUGCGUUUUGACAAAGAAAUAA